AUGCCUAUGUUUAUGGAUGGGGCGUCUCAAGUGCUGCAGCAGGUGCUACAAACUGUCUUAGUAACGAGUGAGCCAGCGAUCGUUAUACCCGGUUCCUUCUUGGGUGAACUUGAUGUUAUCGUUGACGAGGCUAAAAAUCAUGGAAUGAAGUUAGUGAGUAUCCCGAAAGGUGGCAUCACGAUUCUACCACCAAUACCGAUGUCAGAAUCUUCUCUUACCAGGCUAUGCAAAGACUACUACGGGUUAAAGACUGAUGCAGAGCGUUUGGCCCUGUUCAGCAACCUGGAGGAGACAUUCCCGACGGCUCCAGGUGUAUCCUUACCGUGCCGCCUUCUUUACCACCCUCGCGAUUACAUAUGUCGAAUUGUCCACCUCUGUGCGGAACUGGUUACCGCUUCUGAUGAGGAAUAUCAAAAAGCGUACGAUAUUGUUCCGCUUCUGCACAUCAGACCUGUGCAAAAUGUAUGUGAAGAACUUCGCCGUCAGUUCCGAGCUGGUGCUCUCACACAGAGGCUUCCUCUCGGACAGCGCGUGGACGUUCAAUUCAAGAGGACUGUGGUCCAUCUAGACGGUUCGAUGGAUCCAUUCCCUCGCAAUGCUGCUGAAGCAGCUGUAAACAUUGCGCCUGUUGCUCUGGAUGCAGUGGAUGAUAUUUAUGAAGGCUUUGACGUUACCGGUACCGAGGUGGUUGACAUCCCUACAGGCAAGGUUUCAGAGUACCUCUCUGAAAAGGAUUUUGAGCUGGUGACCGAGGAUAGUGUUUUGCUGGACCCAACCGGAAAGCGUGUGCAGGCCAUCUUUAUACGUGGUGGCAUUGAUAAAGAUAUCUGUCGACGUGCCGCAGCUGAUGUGGAGGGAGUGGCUACCAAACAAAAUAUGCGGAGAUUGACAAAUGGUGGUGUGAGAAAUCCGGACACGGGUAUCCUUGGCUAUUACGACUAUCUCAACAAUCCAACGAAGCGUAAGUGCCGCAUGACUGAGUUCACACGCAGGAACUGGGGUAAGAUUAUCGGACCGUGUGGUGAGUUACUGCAGUUGUUAGAUCAACUAUACAAGGAAAACGCCCCAGACCAUUACGAACUUCAGCGCAGGGUCAUACCGCCUGAGUACAUGCUAUUCAACACCGUUUUCAGUACUGUAAGUGUGAACAAGAACUUUCGAACCGCCGUUCAUCGAGACAAAGGUGACUUUCGCGGUGGUCUUACUGCACUCUGCGUACUUGACGGUAAUUACGAGGGGUGCUACCUAGCCUUAAAAAGUGCGCGCAAGGCCUUCUGUCUUCAGGUUGGUGAUGUCUUAUUUUUCGACAGUUCUCUGGAACACGGAAACACGGAAGUACACAAUCGUGAAGGAAGUUGGAGACGAAUCAGCAUUGUAUGCUAUCUGCGGUGUGGGUUGAUGUCCCACACAUGUGAAACGGAGCGGAGCAUGAGACUCCGGAACCAGAUCAUGAGCGAUCGUCUGCAUGCUGACAGCGCAGACAGCGUGGUCAAUUUGAACGGAGUCACCGGCCACCUUCCACCUUUGUGUAUUCCUUUCAAAAUAGCAAAGACCCUGAGCUUAACUCAGCAUGCGGCCCUUAGAUUUGUUUCACGUCGUAUCAAGGAAGGAGACGGUUGUGUGCUGGCGUUAACAAUGGGACUUGGGAAGACACUGGUUUCACUGACGAUCUGCUAUUCUUAUAUUUACAACAAUGGGCCGUGUGACAUUCUGAUCGUUGCGCCGAAGACACUGCUUCAACACUGGAUGCAGGAGGCGAAAAAGUGGAAGGACUAUGGUCUCGUAUUCCCGGGGUUUAUUGUACUAAACAACGUGGACUCCAGCUCCUUCGAGGAUGAUCUCAGUAACUAUGAACAACAAGGCACAACUACUAACCCUAAGAAGAGUUACGUCUUUGUCAUCAAUCCUGGCUACAUCAAAUCAUUUCUUUCGAGGGUAAAGGGGUUCCGCCCCGCUCUCAUAGUCGUUGAUGAAGGCCAUUGCAUAUCGUCGAAGGAAAGUAAACUGAGGGAGGUACUGGAUAGUUUGUAUUGCUCGGCAAGGGUAGUACUCACUGGGACGCCGGUGCAGAAUAACGCUGAGGAACUCUACCGUCUUGUUGGGUGGGUGGAUGACAAGGUUCAUUCCACAUUGCCGCAACGCGAUUUUAACGAGUUUUCAAACUCUAUCAACCGCUAUGUUAACGGUGAUGAUAGUGCUUUUUGUGAUGCUCUCUUCGCACAACGAUAUAUCCACGAGUGGAUGAGCCCCUAUGUCUUUACCGUUAUGAAGGUUGAUCUUCCACCGCUGCACGACUACAUUAUUAUAUGCAACUUUUCCGCUGUGCAGCAGAAAAUGUUCGAGGAGCGCAUUAAAGUCGAUGCAACAGAUAACCUAUUGUGUCUGAAGGCGUCCGAACAUCGGCCAUACCACCUUUCAACACAUCCACUGUGUUUCUUGGGUUUUUUGACCGGUAUAUGGAGAACAGGUCAAGUUGAUAUCGAAGAAGAACCAGGGGAGUUCGAAGAGUUGGGAACGUACAGGCUUAGCCGUGAUGAUGACGCUUUAGCGAAGGAUUGUUCAAGUUUGCUUGAAAACGGGAAACUGGCCGACUUUGUUGCGCUCAGUGGUAAGCUAACAGCCCUCAUUUCGAUUUUACACAGCAUUUUCGAGAAGAUGGAAAAGGCUGUGAUAUUUUCACAAUACAUUGGGUCGCAAGACUUCAUUGCAAGAACCUUGACGGCUUAUAAGAUUAGUGUAGUUACAAUUCGUGGAAAAGAUUGCCAGCAACGUCGACGAAGGGUUGUUGAGAUGUUCAGGGAUGAUAAGAACGUACUCUGCUUGGUUGUGUCCACUCAGAUUGGCGCGUACGGUCUUGAUUUAACUGCGGCGAAUCACGUUAUUCUGUGGGACACGUGGUGGAAUCCUCAGGUUGAGUCACAGGCAAUUGCGCGGUGCUACAGACAAAAUCAGUCAAAGGCUGUUAUUGCCUAUAAAUUAGCAUCGGGAUUCGAAGACGCCACAGUUUUAAAAGCCCAAGCAAGAAAAAGGGCACUGUUCAAGUGCCUCAUAAACGAGGAAACCUCACAGGUGGUUCCUGGGCACGAUUUGGUUGACUACACAAGCAGCGAAGAAGAUGAUGAUAGGCGUCAUCUAUGGGAGACCUUAAAAACGUGUACCCUUGAGGGGGGAAAACCUGCUGUAACAAAGAUCAUUCGCAAUAUUGAUACUGUAAAGAGCGAGCGGUGGAUAUAA